ACCUGACAUACGUCAUUUCUCUUAGUCGGGAUGAUCGAACCAAAUCUCAUUCUAAUCCCGACCCGACGGUCACGCUGGUGGUGGUGCACAACAGAAGACGGAAACAUCCUACGUACCACCCGACGCCUCUCCUCGGGACAUGGCGCUUCCUACCAACAUUGUCGGCACUACUCCGUACGUAAGGCACCUAUGCACCAAAAGAUCAUCGGAAGAUCCUUCUCCGCUGCGAGCCCUAAUCUCGUCUUUGUCCCUGAACGGCCGCGCAUUGGCUCGUUUUCACGGAUGCCGGCCGCUCCUCCAACCACCGAGGGAGGCUAAGAUCCGGAGGUGGCACAUCCCGAGCGCGCUCCUGUGGCCCAGCCAGUUUCAGACGGCGCAUCACACGCUCAGCGUCGCUCCAGCUCCCCUAGUACGCAUAGGGCUCCUUGCUACUUGUCAAAAGCAUGUCGUAUCCCACCAUCUUGGUUCCCGGUCUGCGACCGCUCCUCUGGUCUUGGUAGCAAGCCCUAGUUUGUCUCACGUGCUAGAACACACCCAAGAAUAUCACCGACGGCUGAUCAUUGAGCGGAGUUCUUUUGAGAGACAUCUGUUUACUCUUUGAGAACAAGACGCUACCCCUUCCCUAGACUGAGACACUUUCUCUAGUGGCAUCCGCAGUCGACGCUUUAUAUCAUCCACCUGCACCCUGUCUUCAACGAAAGAAAUCUCU